UAAUGGCGAUUUAGAGAGCGACCGACCAUACCCAUCUGGCUUUUCAGCCCAAGUUCGGCCAAAAUCCUUCAUUUCUGUAUCCCUUUUUGUGACUUUCUAUAUUUAAGCAAAGAGAAACGAGAGAUAUUUAGAGUUGAUUUGUUUUGGUUUCUCUCUAUAACCAGAGAAAUUUAUCUGGUCCUUACAAGGGCGCGUCUUCUUUUCACCGCUUAUCUCUGGAUUCUUAUCCAUUUUCUGAUCUUCUGUUGCGCCUUCGAAGAAUCUAAGAGGGAAAAAAAGGGGGAUAAAUAGAACUAUAUCCGAAUCCCGGUAUUCUUUCUUAGUUUUCUAUCAAUUCCUUUCCGUUUCUUACUCCGUUUCUCAGUUGGUUUGAUUCUCUUGGUUCUUCUCGAUUCUGUUCUCUGUUUCUUGUUUGCCUUCAAACCCAUUUACCCAAAUUUGUUUUUCUUUCGUAUCUUUGUAUUUGACUUUGUGGGUCAUUUCGUUUUCUUGAUUUUGGGGGGCUAUGGCGGUGGAUUCGUACGUUUUGGAGACGGCGGAGGCUCCCACAGCCGCCUACGAUUUAGUGUUUAAGGUUUUGAUGUUUAUUGCUCGUUUGUGGGUGGGAAUUAUUGUGGGGGUGUUGGUGGGAUGGAUUUGGAAACCUAAAUGGGCGAAUUCUGGAAGGGAUUUGUUCAAUUCUUCCAAGUUGAAGGGUAAUUUGCCGUCGUCUUGCUUUGUUGGAUCGAUUUCUAGAUUGAAUUCUUUGAAAAUUCAGCUGCCCAGAUGCUUGAAUUUAACGUCAAAUUGUGGGGAUGAAAAAGAAAUUCUAGCUGGCUCACCUACCGCUUCCAUCUCCAGUUCAUCGAAACUAGAAGGCGAAAAACCAGCCCAGUUAACCGAGGAGGAUUUAAAGAAUUUAUAUAGGCUUGUUGAGGAGAAAGAUGGAGGCCCUUCAUGGAUUCAAAUGAUGGAUCGUUCUACCGCCACCAUGAGCUAUCAAGCAUGGCGGAGAGACCCUGAGAUGGGGCCUCCGCAAUACCGAAGUCGAACAGUUUUUGAGGAUGCAACCCCUCAGAUGGUAAGGGACUUCUUUUGGGAUGAUGAAUUCAGACUGAAAUGGGAUGAUAUGCUUAUAAGUGCUCAAAUUUUGGAGGAUUGUUCUACCACAGGAACCAUGACUGUCCAUUGGGUGCGCAAGUUCCCUUUCUUCUGUAGUGAUCGAGAAUACGUGAUCGGACGAAGAAUCUGGGAAUCAGGACAGUCAUAUUAUUGUGUGACGAAGGGUGUACCUUGUUCCUCAAUACCUAGACAGAACAAGCCAAAACGCGUCGACCUUUACUAUUCAAGUUGGUGCAUCCGUGCAGUUGAGUCGAAAAAAGGGAACGGACAGCUGACUGCAUGUGAGGUGUUACUAUUUCACUAUGAAGACAUGGGUAUUCCAUGGGAAAUUGCAAAGCUCGGAGUCAGGCAGGGGAUGUGGGGAGCCGUGAAGAAGAUCGAUCCCGCUUUACAUGCAUAUCAAAAGCACAGAGCGUCUGAAGCCCCACUUUCAAACUGUGCUCUGAUGGCUAAUAUCAACACAAAGGUCAGUACUGACUAUUUGAGAUGCUCAGAAGAUGCAUCUGAUGAUUCCUCAGAUGACAAAAGCUUGGAGGAGCCCUCUGAAAAACCAACAGGAAAGAACUUGCCAAAGCUUCUUAUGGUCGGUGGAGCAAUCGCCCUUGCUUGCAGUCUCGAUCAUGGCCUCUUAACAAAAGCAGUUGUGUUCGGUGUUGCCCGGAGAUUUUCGAACAUCGGAAAGAGAUGAUUGCUACAACAAAUCUCGUAAUCAGCUUCAGCUUAGCAUUGGUUUCUUGACACAUAUAGCCCCUUCGAAGAAAGUUUUGAAGGUGGUAAAUUUUUUAUUUUUCCCUCUUGAGUUGUAAAAAAGAAGCUUUAGAAUUGGGGAAGGAGAGAAGGGUAAAAGAUAAUUUAGGCUUUCAUUACACCCUGAAUUUGUAUGGUUGGUAUUUUCUUUUCUCAUCUCAUCUUCCUGUUAUUUUGAGAUGUGGAGUGUUUGUAGAAUAAAUAGGGGAAAGUAAGAAGCAAUGUUGGGUAGCUAUUUUAUUAAUUUUUGUUGCCAUCUUCUUUUAGAAAUUGGUACCCUUGAAUAUAGUAAUUUUGUUUUGGUUAAAUAUAAGAAUUAAUGUCAAAUGUUCAUAAUAUAUUUUUCUA